GUUGUAGUCGCAGCGUCGCCGGCUCAGCCGCCAUUGUCCGGCGGGUGGCUAGUCGGGUGGUCCCCUUGUUGGGGGCGGCUCUGUGAUUUGGGGGUCGCCUCGGGCGGCUGUCCUCAACUCGUCGGCCCAGGAUGGAACCCGAAGACGAAGCGGCAGCAGCAGUGAUGGCCGCGGGGCUACCGGCGGCACGGCUUCAGGAGCCAGUGACCUUCCGGGAUGUGGCUGUGGAUUUCACCCAGGAGGAGUGGGUGCAGCUAGACCCUACUCAGAGGACCUUGUAUCGCGAUGUGAUGCUGGAGACAUUCGGGCACCUGCUCUCUGUGGGUCCUGAACUUCCCAAACCUGAAGUCAUCUCCCAGCUGGAACAAGGGGCUGAGCUAUGGGUGGCAGAGAGAGGAAUCACCCAGGGCCAACAUCCAGGAUGGGAGCCUAGACCUGAAGGCCGAGCAUCACCCAAGGGGCAGGGCCUUCUUGCAGAGGAGCCACCCCAUGCCACAGAAAAGGAAGGAUUCCCAAGGGAUGCUUCUUAUCCCUCCACAUUAGGGGAAGACCGGCAGUGUGAGGGCCAGGGCCAGGCCCUCAAGGAGGAUCAGAAUAAUUUGAGGCAAUCGGAAUUUGGCCUUGAAGAAGCACCAAUUCAAAAUCAAGACUAUGAAACUCUUAGACUUGAAGAAAGCUGUGUCCUGAGUUCAAACCCAAACCCAUUCCCAGAGGUUUCUAGGAGAGAAUAUUACUAUACUUAUGACUCACAGGUUACAAACUCAGAACAUAACUUGAGCUUAGUCAGUCAGCAGACAGCCUUCCCAGGAGAACAGCCCUUUGAAAGCAGUGACGGUCGCAGAGCUUCCAGUCAGGCCAUUUCGAUUACAGAACUCAUGAAAAGCCAGGUGCAGGAUAAACCCUACAAAUGUACCGACUGUGGGAAGUCAUUUAAUCAUAAUGCACACCUCACUGUACACAAGAGGAUUCAUACAGGAGAGAGGCCUUACAUGUGCAAAGAGUGUGGGAAAGCCUUCAGCCAGAACUCCUCCCUCGUUCAACAUGAGCGAAUCCACACAGGAGACAAGCCCUACAAGUGUGCCGAAUGUGGGAAGUCUUUCUGCCACAGUACACACCUUACCGUCCAUCGGAGAAUUCACACAGGGGAGAAACCCUACGAGUGUCAGGACUGUGGGAGGGCCUUCAACCAGAAUUCAUCCCUGGGCCGGCACAAGAGGACACACACUGGAGAGAAGCCGUACACCUGCAGUGUGUGUGGGAAGUCCUUCUCCCGGACCACCUGCCUUUUCCUGCACCUGAGGACUCACACCGAGGAGAGGCCCUAUGAGUGUAACCACUGUGGGAAGGGCUUCAGGCACAGCUCCUCCUUGGCCCAGCAUCAGCGAAAGCAUGCCGGGGAGAAGCCCUAUGAGUGCCGCCAGAGGCUGAUCUUUGAGCAAGCACCAGCUUUGAUAAAGCAUGAAUGGGCAGAAACCCUCGGCUGUGACCCACCUUUGAGUCAAGAUGAGAGGACCCACCGAAGUGACAGACCUUUUAAAUGUAGUCAGUGUGGGAAAUGUUUCAUUCAGAGCUCUCACCUCAUCCGACAUCAGAUAACUCACACCAGAGACGAAGAGCCCCGUGGACGUAAGCGAGGGAGAGAGCCACCCUUUGGCCGGAACUCACACCUUGGCCGGCAUCAACACUUGAAUUCGAGAGAGAACCCCGUGGGUGGGGCAAAGGCAGGGCAGCCGGGAAGCAGGGCUCUGGCCUUGUUUGACAUCCACGAAAUCAUGCAAGAGAAAAACCCUGUGCACGUUAUUGGGGUGGAAGAGCCUUCUGUGGGUGCUUCCAUGUUAUUUGACAUCAGAGAAUCCACAUAGGAGAGAAAAUCUGCAGAUGACCUUUGAACCACAGGUAUAAAAAUGUGGUAAGUCCGCAUAGUGUAUUCAUGGAAAGAGGGUCUGGGGUAGACUGUCAGUGGGGACUUCUAACUUGCUAAGGAAGUGGUGUUUCCCAAAUACCUGAGAUUGGCAGUUACCAAAUAUAUCAAACUCAGUGCCCCUUUAACAACAGAUAUUUUGUGAUGUUCCCUCCGUUAAAUAUUCCAAAAUGAGUUCAGAGGUAAUAUAACCUACCCAUACACGUGAUGUCAAAAAAUCAAUAUACAGUAUCCUUUGUAAAGGGUAAUUAAAAUGAAAGUAAUGUAUGGUAAUGUGAUAAAGUAUUGUGUAUUGGGUGGGUGUGAUAUCUUACCUUGUCUGUGUGGGCCCAGUUACACCAGGAGACCCAGGCCAAUAGCCUGUUGCUUGCAACUCAUAUGGUGUACAGUGUUGGCUAUGGAAAUACCAUGAGGGGCAUUCCUGCAUGGGAUGUGAUUUUCCAAAGUAGUGACUAACUUGAAUUUCUGGAAAACGUUGUGUAAAUUUCAAGCAUGCAGCAAUUAAUUUGUGUUUAUAUGUAAAUUCGAGUUAGGAUCUCAGUUCAUAUAUGAGGAUACUUCAAAAAGUUCAUGGAAAGAUUCAUAUUACUUUUAAUUCUGUUUUUUCCCAAACUUUUUGAAAUACCCUCGUAUUGCAAACAAGUUAUUUCACCCCUAUGUGCAUGAUCCACUGUGACCAGUUCUGUGCCUCAGGGUCUUUGCAGCACUCUUGGCUCCCACCCACGUUUCAUAUCCCUCUUGCCCCAAAUCGUGUGACAAAGAAGCCCCCAUGAAAUUCUGCAAUAUUCACUGGGAGGAGGGUCACAGCUCUGGUUAAAAACCACUGCCUCAGAGCAUCCAAUGUUGCUAUAAGCCGGAAGAUCUCAACUGGGGGUACUUUUGCCCCCAGGGGACAUUUGGGGAUGUCUGGAGACAUUUUUGUUUGCCGUGAGUGGGGGAAGGGUGCUACUGGAACCUAGUUGGUAGAGGCUGGGGGUGCUGCUCAACAUCCAACGGUGCCCAGGACAGCUCCUCAACAAAGAAUUAUCUAGCUCUGAUUGUCAGUAAUAACAAGAUGGAGAAGCCCUGGUAUAAACCCACCCAGCCCUAAAGCCAACAUUUUCCAAAUUCUACAAGUUGAUUGGUCAGGGUUGUCCUAACAAAUUAUAUAAUUUUGUCUGUGUCUUGGGUUUUUUUGCUUGUUUGUUUGUUUGUUUUGGCAGCCAGCUGGUACUCAUAUAAGUUUCAUUUUAAUAAAUGGUGUCAUUAGCUAAUUUAUACACAGUGUACCUUGUAGUAAAUCCUUUACCAUUUUGCAGCAUUCAUAAUUGAUGUGAAGAAAAGAAGAGAAUCCACUUAUUUUUCUGAAAAAUCUUUUAACAUUUUUUGUGGACAUUUUAAAACGUGAAUAAUAUAUUUUCACUGGUACCCACCUCAUUACCCCUCUCUGGCCAGUGGAAUAUUUUCACAUCAGUCCCAGAAGUCGUAUUAUUUCAUCCAUAUUUCUGAAUAUAUCUCUGAACGGCAAGGACUUUAAAAAUAUAUAUAACCAUGUUGGUCCACAAACACAAAACCAUUUUGGUAAUCAUACUGAGCCAUAAUUUGCCUUGUUUGCUGUGCACUGAUGGUACAACAGCAACAGUGGAUAAAACUGCUGGGCCUGAGUUCACAUCAGGGCAGUGGCCCAGAAGUUAUGCUUUAUAUCUUCCCCACUGGGCAUUGUAGUAAAGAAAAAAAAAGUGCUUAUUUUACUUAAUGUCUGUAAUGAAACAGAAAAAAUUGUUAGUUUUAUUAAACCUCAAGUAAAACUAUAUUGCCAUUAUCACAUUUAAACAUAUCAAAUAUCUAGUAUUCAAAUGUCCCUGGUUGCCUCAAAUUUUUUGUUUUGUUUUGUUUUCUAUUUGUUUUGUUCUAAUCGUGAUCUAAAGGAGAGCCACACAAUGCGUUUGGUUGAUAUUUUUCCUUCUAAAAUCUCUAAUCCCACUCUUUUUUAGUCUUAUAUUUGUUGAAAAAAAAAACAGAAUAACCUAAAUUUUGUCCGUCCCCCCACCCCCCCAGACUGUGCGUCACAUACCCUCCUUGCUUUGGCCUGGUGGAAUGACUUCUGAUUCAUCAACAAGCCACUGAGCUGUGCUGAGGGGCCUCAUGAAGUCAUGUGAUUCCCACUGUUCUCAAAGCUCAUCUCCCGACCUUGCAUGGGGCCUCUGCUGGAGGACCACUAGAAGACCUUUCUCUCCACUGUCAAUGCCAGGAAAAGCCAGACUUUAAUUCAUGUUUGUAUAUGAAGCAGGAUAUUCUAACAUGACCAUUUUACUGUCCACAGUGGGAAACUUCACCUUCAUCAUUGUGUUGCUUUCCUCCAAGUUUUCUCCUGAGGAAAGCAAGGGUUUCUGACCUUUAUCCAUGCCAUUCUUGGCAUAAAAGAAUAUUGUGCAUCAAGGGUGUGGUCCUUGGUGUCUUGUAGCACUAGGGAUA